CCACAUACACCAAGAGCAGACACUUGAAAGCGCUGCACUCCUGUCUUGAACUUAGUAGGGACAACGGGGCCGCGGGGAUCUGCACAUUGCAUUUGAUCAAGUGACUGUCAAUAGACUUUGGCUUUCGUCUUGGGCCUGCGAUUUCUCCUCAUCGCCGCCUUAGCUCUUGACGGCACAGCCAAUAUUACGUCGACAGCUUGGCCACAGUAUCCACUGCUGCGGCUCUCAACUUCAACCACCGCAGCAACGACAAGGCGCCUCAUGUUCCAGAGAGCCUUCCGCGCAGCUCGUAGACGGUGACUUCUCAAGAUGGCGCCCGGCCGCCGGAACAAUGGUUCGAACGGGAAUGUCAUUGCCUCCGCGCUCUCUCGAUUCUGGAAGAGGACUCAUGCGCCAGACUACCUGGGCUUCGUAAUCCUUCUCGCAGGAUGGAUGACGAUGCUUGCUUUCAUUGAACCCUUCCAUCGCAUGUUCUUCAUCAACGACCUGCACAUCUCUUACCCUCAUGCGGAAGUCGAGCGUGUGCCUGUGUAUAUGAACAUCGUCUAUGCCCUGUUUGUGCCACUGGGAGUUCUCGUCGCCUACAACGUCGUCACUAAAGCUUCGCCUCACAAGCAUGAGGUUACUUAUCUAUCUUUUGCCAUCGCGGUCAUCAUGAGCUCCUUCAUCACAGACCUCAUCAAGAACGCAGUUGGUCGACCGCGACCUGACUUGCUGGCCCGGUGCAAGCCAGCCGCCGGCACGAAACCUAACGUUCUUGUCACCAUUGACGUGUGCACCGAGACGGCCCAUCACCUUCUCCAUGAUGGCUGGCGCUCUUUUCCCUCUGGUCACUCGUCUUUCUCCUUCUCUGGUCUUGGAUUUCUGAGCCUCUUUCUCGCCGGCCAGCUUCACAUUUUCAGACACAACAGCGGAGGUCGUGACCUCAGUAGAGCCCUCGUCUGCCUCCUGCCGCUGCUGGGGGCCGCGUUGAUCGCCAUCAGCCGCUGCGAAGACUACAGACACGAUGUGUACGACGUUUGCGUGGGCUCACUGUUGGGAUACCUCAUUGCGUACUGGAGUUACCGACGACACUGGCCCGGACUGGCUACCAAGGAAUGCCAUGAGCCCCACCCAUAUCCUGGGUCAGAUGCGAAAACUGGCUGGAACCGGCUACGAGACGAAGAGGAAGCUGGGGACUCGCGGACCGACGGUCCUACAUAGAAUCCGAAUGCAACAACGUCAGACAUCGACAUAUUCAUUCACCUUCGUAAGACUAAUCGCUGCAUGUUGUUUCCGAGUGUUUGCAUUUCUUGCCUUCUUUCCCUUACCACGCUUGAUUUUCCCUGCUUAUUAUAGUUGUAUUGCCAUAUUCACCAAAUCACUUGUUUAACACGCCGCGGCUUCGCAUUUGCAUCUUGGCAGCAGCUCGCCAAAGGUUGGAGGGUUAUGGACACUGGGGAACCUGGGAGGGCUUUGGGGGCAUCAGUUCUAUUGGUACAUCAGGGGUAAGGGCAAUCAUCACGCCCAUCUAUGUUUUUGAUCUCAUCCAUGC